CGAAACCCUACUUUCUUUUGGAUCAUUGAAGAAGAAAAAUGGCAUCAGGAUCAUCAGGUGGUAGGUCAAACAAUGCGAAUUCCAAGGGUUUUGAUUUUGCAUCGGAUGAUAUACUUUGUUCUUAUGAAGAUUAUUCUAAUAACAAUAAUAAUAAUAAUCAAGAUCCUUCUAAUGGAACGCACUCCGAUCCCACAAUUGCUUCCAAUUCUACUAAGGAGUUCCAUAAAAGCAGAAUGACAAGGUCAUCAAUGUUUCCAGCUCCAGCAUAUGGUCCUCCAGAAGAAUCUUCCUUCAACCAAGACAUGAUAUGUACUGUUGAGAAGACCAUGAAGAAAUAUGCUGACAAUCUCAUGCGUUUCUUAGAGGGAAUCAGUUCACGCUUGUCACAGUUGGAAUUAUACUGUUACAAUCUUGAAAAAUCUAUUGGAGAAAUGCGGUCUGAUUUAGUUCGGGAUCACGGGGAGGCAGAUGCAAAACUGAAAGCUCUUGAGAAGCAUGUCCAAGAGGUUCACAGAUCUGUACAGAUUCUAAGAGACAAACAAGAACUUGCCGAAACACAAAAGGAGCUGGCAAAGCUUCAGCUUGCGCAGAAAGGAUCAGCUUCAUCGAGCAGUUCUCAGCAGAAUGAGGAGAGAAGUGCUCAACACCUGUCUGAUGACAAGAAAAGUGAUGACUCACCUGAAGUGCAUGGACAGCAAUUGGCUCUUGCACUAUCCCAUCAAGUGGUAGCCCAGGCAUCUCUCACUGACCGACCUGUGGAGCAGCCACAACAGCCACCUGUGCCGCCUCCACAAUCAUUUCCAUCCCAAAGUAUUCCACAGUCACAAGACUAUUAUUUACCCCCUCAGAUGGCAAAUCAACAAGCUCCAACUCAGUUGUCACAAAGUCAAUAUUUGUCAUCUGACCCCCAGGAUCGAAAUCCUCAAAUGCAAGUACCACCACAGCCAAUACCACCUCAGGCGAAUCAGACACCACAACUCCAUUCUAUGCCCCAAUAUCAGCAGCAGUGGGCGCAACAGGUUCAACAGUCACAGAUUCCAACUAUGCAACAGCAAGCUAGACCUACAUCACCUGCUGUUUAUCCCUCUUAUCUGCCCAGUCAACCAAAUCCUACUCCUGAUACAAUGCCCAAUAGUUUGCCAAUGCAAGUGCCAUUUUCUGGAAUAUCUCAGCCAGUUGCUAGCCGUCCUGAAGCAAUGCCUUAUGGGUAUGAUAGGUCUGGUAGGCCCCUUCAGCAACAGCCCGCAACGCCGCAUCUGAAGCCUUCCUUUGGUGCACCAGGCGAUGGGUAUGCAGCUAGUGGAGCUCAUCCAACACUCUCUCCAGGAAAUGCAUAUAUGAUGUAUGAUGGCGAAGGAACAAGGGGACAUCCACCACCACCCCAACCAAACUUCCAACAAAGUGGUUAUCCUCCAUCCAGCUUCCCUCCCCCAAAUCCACAGCCUACCCCCAGUGCAAAUCUGAUGGUUCGACCAACU